AAUCAGAUUGAGUUUGGGAGCCACAGCUGACAACGAAAACAAAGAAAGGUAUGUCUUGCCUUUAAAGCGGCUCGCUCCAGGACAUCAGGACGAAAGAUGGAAGACGUUCUUGUCAUUUAACACUGCAUGGGCACACGGGUGCACGAGUUUUACAUCGUUUAUAUGCUCUGCGGGAUAUAUAUACUGCAUGAUCCAGGUAAAGGGUGGAGCAAGUAAUGAGGACAUUAAAAGCACAGUUCAUGCCAGAUUCUCUCACCUUUCAGUGUUCGUCUUGACUGCUGGUGCAUUUAUAGGAUCAUGUUGAGCCUUAUCAAACUACCUCAAGUCUUAACCAUCAACCAAGUUCCAAAAGUGUUCCAUGAGGAUGGGAUCAUAUCUGGGUAUCGGUAUCCAUACAGCUCCGCUAAAGAAUGUGUUCUUAGCAUUUUCCAGCUAACUAAUGAAACGCUCAACAUUUGGACCCACUUUCUUCCUACAUGGUUCUUCUUGUGGAAGCUCCUUAUUGUGCUACUAGAGGAAGACUGGCAGGACUCCUACUGUUGGCCUCUUCUGGUCUUCCUGUUGUCCUGCUGCUUGUACCCACUGGCUUCCAGCUGUGCACACACCUUCAGUACCAUGUCUGAACGUGCCCGACACAUCUGCUUCUUCUUUGACUAUGGAGCACUAAGCUUCUACAGCUUAGGUUCUGCCAUCACAUACUCCUCCUAUAUAUUUCCUGAGAAAUGGGUGAACAGCGUUUUCCAUAAAUAUUACAUUCCCACUGCCAUGCUCAACUCUAUCCUCUCCACUGGACUGGCCUGUUACUCAAGGCUUGGAUUGCCUUUCAUUCAGUACAAAGGCCAUAUAAAUAAGAGGUCUGUUGAGAAAACAAAUGUGAAACUGGGGAAAAUUCUGCGGAUUGUGUCCUUUGCAUUUCCGUAUCUUUUUGACAAUAUCCCUUUGUUCUAUAGGAUUUUUGUGUGUGUUGGAGAGGAUUGCACAAUCAAUGAAGCCACUACUGUUCACUACCAGCACACUGCACUCGCACUACUUACAGGAUUCCUCUUUGCCUCACACCUACCUGAACGCCUGGCACCUGGAAGUUUUGACUAUAUAGGACACAGUCACCAGCUAUUUCAUGUUUUCGCAAUCACUGGCACGUACUUCCAGCUCGCUGCAGUUGAGCUCGACAUGACCUUACGGAAGCAAUGGCUUUUGACUCAUUCACAAACCAUUACCUUCACCAACACAGUGGGUGCAGCAUUGCUUUGUGCAACCUUCAGUCUGUGUAUAAUCUAUGUCUUCAGUAAGGCACUUUUCUGCACAAGGAUUUGGAAGGACGGUGAUUUGAAAAGGUCACAUUUUGCUACAGUUUCUGACUCGCAGCAUGUAAAAGUCAAGAAAAAUUAAGGUGAAGGAUUGUUUUAAUGGACUGAAGCAUGUUCUACACAAAACUGUGGUAUCUGUGUUAAUUAAUUUGAGAUCUCCUGUUAGAGCUCUGUUAAUUAUGUUUUGUUAUAAAAUAGCCUCAUAAGUUGAAAACUCAAAUGAGGAUUCGUGUGCCUUUCACUGGGAUGUGUUUACAGUUAUAACAUUCAGUAUGUGAUUUCUUUUGCUUCAGUUUCAAGAAGCGGAUGCCCCACAUGUACAAUGUAAAUUUUAAAUUUAUUUCUGAGAUUUGUGUUUGUUACUUUGUAUAAUGAUAUGUAUUUAUUAAUAAACCAUUUUAUGUAUCAAUAACUAAUUUUGAUGUGGAUAUUAGGAUAU